GGUCAAAUCCGCAACAUGAAUAAGAUGGUCCACGCACAUAAUGCCGAGACAGAGGGUUCUUCAGUAUUCCUUACCCACUCACAGUAGUCUACAUUCCUGAUAGCGGUGUAAUCACUUCUCCAGUAACUCAUAUCAUUGCUUGGCAGACUACACCUGGAGGCAUGUAGGCCUAGCUAUGUGAUUUCGGACGCGACCGCAGUCUCUAGGCAACAAAUGACGCUGACGCGGUGUCGUAUCCGUUUCGUUAGAAUAGUACACCUCUGUCAAAACACAUAAAAAGACACAUCGGUUAUUUUGACCCGCGCUGAUGAAGAAGAGCUGCGCUUCCGGUUUCCCCAGAAUGAGCCUCCUGGGGCGGUCCUGCUGCCAGAGCCGCGCCGGGACGAGCAGGUGCUUACACAGACUUAUGAAUGUAGCGUGGGGAAGGGGGCGCUACAACACUGAGAGCCUGACGGAAAGAGACAGAAAUGCUUUCAUUAAGUUCCAGCCUCAGGCCUCGCCCCCGAGCUCCUCUGGCCCCGCUGAGGGAUGAUGUGUCUCUCACUGAGCCUCACUCCGGCCUCCUGAGCCCCAGCGACACGUUCCCACACACAGUGUGUAGUGCUGCUCCGUGGGAUCCAAGAGCAGCAAGACAUCCAGCUCACACUCCUGCAUUCGGCCCUGCAGCCGGGACGCGUCACACAUCCGCGAGCAAGCCCCGGGACUCCAGGCUCGAGUUAACGGACCGGAAAUACCACAGCAGCAGGGAGAGACCUGAUCCAGGUUCCACCAGUCUUCUGGGAUGUGAAGAUCUGAAGAGGGAUACAUGUACCUCUGUUCCGCCUAAAUUGAUGGACAAGGCUUUGCGUUACAUCUACACAUCAGAAGCUCAAAGAGGUUAUGAGAAUAUAGACCAGGACUCUAAACUCAAACCACCACUGUGUAUUCUGGAGAAAAUGGCAGACCCUGUAAGCCAGCGCUUCACUUUGAAGAGAUACCAUAGCAGGCCUGAACUAUGGCAGACAAUUGGACCUCAUUGGAAUAGGCAUCAAAUCCGUGCCUCAUAUAAUGUGAAGAAGCCCUUCAGUUUCACCAGCCCAUGUCCAAAAUCAGGACAAAUUCCUUUAUAUUGUGGUGUGAUUGGCUCUGAGAACAUGGACAAUAUUGAAAUCCCAGAGAAAGACUUCAUCCCACUGACAGUGAGGCGUACCGUCUUACCUCCUGACACUCCCACAGCCCAGUAUGUGAGCAGUGGAUAUUUGUACAGUACAUGGAUCCGUCCCACUAUUCCUGGUUACACUGGGAAAGCUCUACACGACAGACCACACACCGUAGCCACCAGCCAGCCUUCUUCAAUGCUCACUCAUCAGACUACAGGGAGCAGUUCAACACCAUCAUCCUAUGGUCGGCAGGCCCCUCUGUCCAGAAUGCUCAUCACUGUCAAACCGGGCAAUCCUUUCCUUCAGCCUAAAGCUCCUACACCUCCCAUUUAUUCAAAGUCUUAAUACACAAAAAUGGAAUAGCCUCCAAAUGGAGGAGUAAAAAAUGUUGCUUUUCAAGAAAUCUAGUCUGUAUUUGUGAAUAGAUCUUUAAUGAUGUGAUGGCACAGACUAGUUCAGAAUAAUAAGAUGCUUCAUUAGCAUCAUUUCCUUUGAUUCAGAUGAGACAUUCUGUGAAUAUGGAGGAAUGUUUCAUUGUGUUGCACUUUUGUAUGUGUGUGUGUGUGUGUGUGUGUGUGUGUGUGUGUGUGUGUGCAUCACAGUGUGAUGCCUGCAUUUUGUUCUCUUAUGUAAAAGUCCUAUUUACAUAUUGUGACUUCCUCAGCGAAUUUACUCAAUAAUUUGCGAUAACAAAAUGUUGCAACAAUUUCACUCAACUUUGCUGCUGUUUCAUUCUGUCUCAGGGUGUCUAUACGGCAAUAGGUAAACUAUGAAGAAAUAGCUGCUGUUUCUUAAAAAGACUUUCUGAAAUACUCUACACCCCAAGAACUGUGGUUGGAGAAUAAAAGAGAAAAGGCAGUGUAGCUUCACCUGUUGACAGGAAGUAGGAACGUUCUGGUUUCCUGUUUCCCCCCCAGUAACCUUCAUUUCUGUGCUAUAAACCCCUCAGGAUUUCGCUCAGUUGACAUACCCAAACAUACAGUAAUCUAAAGGAUGAUUUCCCUUCACCAAAGUUUUAACUUUUUUAAGUUAAAAUGUGGUCGGCCUUACAGUUUGUAGUAUAACAGAACCCAUGAAAAGUUUUAUUCAGUAAUAAAUGAGUUCAUUCACUUAUUGUUCAUCUGUAUACGCUACUAAAGCAUAUGUAGGAAUGAUGUAUUAAAAAGAGGCCUCUUUACUAAUUUUAGUAUGUGUUGGGUGCUAUUAUUGAUCCUGUUGAUGCUAUUAUGGAUAUUGCACACUCCAGCCGCUUGCUUAGCUUGUAGUUUCUGUCUGUUAGUUAGAGAGUGGAGCCGUGGAGGGAACAGGCCGGUCCACACCAUUUCCAGAGAUGGAGAUGUGGUUAGAAGAUAACUAACGUCCACGCUGGGGCUGUGGACGUUUUACUGGCCUGGGUUUGGUUUGGAGGGGCCUCACCACUGCAUCUCCUUUCACUAGAUACAAAAUGCUUUUUCCGAGCUCUCGUUCUCCAAGCAUUAUGAGCUUUGACAAAUUUAACAGAGAAGACACAACAGUCACCGCAUGCGAAAACCUGAACCACUGCAUUAAUAUAUAUUCUAGUAGACCGAAGGUCUCAUGUAUUAAUUAACAUCAUGCAGGUUUAUAAUAAAGAGAAGUAGGAAAAUAAAUUCUAUUUUAUUAAAUAAUAAAUAACUUAUUUUAUGCUA